AUGACGUUCACCCACCGCCUGUCGUUUCUCGUCCUCUCCUUUAUCUAUGCCUCUUCUCUCUGGUGGUCGCUAUCCCAUGCGGCUCUCACACCCGGAACCCUUCCCCUCGCCGUCCGUUCGCCAUACCUCAACUGCUGGGAGUCGUCACAGUCAACCGAGUUCCCCGCGCUCAAUCAAUGGCCGACGAUAUGGUCUACAGAGUCGCAAGUCCUAGGAUGGGAGGGCCUCAUCCGAGUCGACAAUACCCCCUAUCGGUGGCUCGGACUCCAUUCCGACUCGACGAGCUCUGCGGCGAAUGCGACGAACGCGACGGCUGUUAGUAUCACCCCGACACGCACUAUCGUUACGAUCCCGGCUGGCCCAAUGACUUUGAACGUUACAUUCUUGAGCCCGAUCGAGCCGGGAGACUAUGUGCGACAAUCCAUGCCGUUUAGCUAUCUUUACCUCGAAGCCACGUCGAAUGAUGGAAAAGCGCACAGUGUACAGGUAUAUUCCGAUAUCAGCGGAGAAUGGAACUCUGGUAAUCGAAAUGAUGCGAUUAGUUGGACGACCACUUCGGGCACGAAUAGCAUGUUCCACGCUAUCACGCUCGACAAGCAGACACCUUUCACAGAGACGGCAAACCAGGCGGAAUGGGGAACGAUGUAUCAUGCUGGGCAAGCGAGCUCGACAGCGACGUAUCAAAUCGCCGCCGAUGCUACUAAUCGUGGUCAGUUCACUAGCAAGGGUAACCUGCUCGACACCGUAGAUCCCAACUUCCGGCAAAUCAGCAAUUCCUUCCCUGUCUUUGGUAUCUCACAGGAUUUGGGAACCAUUACUUCGACGCAGAAACCUGUGGUCUGGGCUGUUGGAUUUACUCGUGAUCAAGCCGUGCAGUACACAGACCUUAGCGGUGUGGCCCAAAACCGCAGCUUGUACUACAAGGCCAAUUUCACCACGGACGGCGCACUCAUCGACGAGUUCAUCCUCGACUUCCCUAACGCCGUUCAACGUGCCCAGCAACUCGACUCGAAGAUCCUAACCGCCGCCCAGAACAUCUCCUCUGACUACGCCGACAUCGUCUCGCUUGCAGCACGUCAAGUCUUCGCAGCGACAGAACUCACUAUCUCGCAAAGCUCCGAUGGUUCUGGAUCGUACAACACUUCGGAUGUGAUGAUAUUCAUGAAGAACAUCGGAGGCGCCAGCGAAGGUCGAGUAAACGCCGUGGAAACCCUCUUCGCGUCGUUUCCGAUGUUCAUGUUCAUCGAUCCAACACUCGGCGCUCCCCUACUCGAGCCUCUUCUGCGCUUUCAGAACUCUCCCGCGUACAAAAGUGACUUCGCGGCCGCCGACAUUGGCUCUGGCUACCCUGUCGCGAAGGCGACCACCCAGGGAACAUCCCAACUUGCGGUGGAACAGACGGCCAACAUGAUCAUAAUGGCGGCUGCUCAUGCGCGAGCUACUGGAGAUGGUAACCUAGUCGCAACCUACUACGACUUGCUGAAGGGAUGGACAGACUAUCUCGUCAACAACACGCUCUUCACCUCCGGGCAGUUCUCAGCCGACCAGAACACGGUCUCCAACCAGACAAAUCUGGCGCUCAAAGGUAUUGUUGCGAUCAAGGCCAUGUCUCAGCUUAGUACGGCCUUAGGAAACGGCGUGGAUGCACAACUAUAUGCGACCGAGUCGACGAACCUCUUUGCGCAGUGGGAGUCAUUAGCAGUGGACCCUUCGAGCCAGGCCUUAUUGGACGCGUUCGGCCAAUCGAGUUCAUUCACGCUUGGAUACAAUCUGUUCGCUGACCUAUGGCUAGGAACUAACCUUGUCAAUUCAACGGUCCUGGCCGCUCAAACCGCGAGCUACGGUACACAGGCUCAAAGUGUGAAGUUCGGCUUGCCAACGGACUCGACAGAUACCACAGACGCGAAUGCUGGGUGGAACAUGUUCGCUGCUGGAAUUGCUACGGAUCCGACUGUUCGUGACCAGAUCGUGUCAUUGGUUCACGCUCGGGCAUCCUCAAACUCAUCAGGUUACGGAGGGUUCCCGAGCGUUUUCAGUGCUACCGCUGAGACCACAACUACUGGUAUUGCAAGGUAUUGGUCUAUAAUUAUCAUUCCCUGGUAA